ACUGCGGACACAGUACAGGAGAUGACCAGAGACUGCAGACAUAGUACAGGAGAUGACCAGAGACUGUGGACACAGUACAGGAGAUGGCCAGAGACUGUGGACAUAGUACAGGAGAUGACCAGAGACUGCGGACAUACUACAGGAGAUGACCAGAGACUGCGGACAUAGUACAGGAGAUGACCAGAGACUGCGGACAUAGUACAGGAGAUGACCAGAGACUGCAGACAUAGUACAGGAGAUGACCAGAGACUGCGGACAUACUACAGGAGAUGACCAGAGACUGCGGACACAGCACAGGAGAUGACCAGAGACUGCAGACACAGUACAGGAGAUGACCAGAGACUGAGGACA